UUGAUGCGAUUCGAUGGCGAAGAGUACAAUAUCAAGCCAUGGUCACUCAAGUUCGAAUCGUGUCAAUGCUAUAAAUGCGGGUUACCGUUCCACAUCUCUAAGAGAUGUGAUAACCCCCGGUGCUGCUGGAAUUGCGGAGCAGAUCACGACACGGACGACUGUCCCGUGAAAGGGACGGACGUGAAACACUGCGCCGUGUGUAAGGCAACAGACCACAGAACUUCCCAGAACCAUAAGUGCAAAGACCAUCGCAUAGUGAGAAUGCUGGAACAAAUCGCUAAAGCCAAGGAAAAAGGUCCAGAUUUCCUGCGGCUGCUUGAGUUGAUGCGUACCGCAGAGAAAAAGCAGGGUAACAAGCGCGGGGGAAACAAACCGAAGUCCGAUACGGGGAACAACACGCAAUUCAAACGCCAACGCGCCGAGCCUUCAUGACAACAGCAGAAUCCGAAAAAUACAGAACGCCCUACCAAAUCACCUCGCCUAGUAGUACCUCCGUCGUCGUUGUUACAAAACAAUUCAACAUCCAUGGCGUCUGCAUCGCCCGCACGACAGGAAUCUCUGGAGUAUGGACGACUUUCACCAAUCAACUUCUCUGAGGAUGAGUUUGGUG